AUGGCCAAGAAUUGGGCCGAUCUCCUCCCAGAGCUGCUAGAACUGUGCUCAAGACAACUUCCUCUAGAGGACUGGUUCGCAUUCCGAUCCGUGUGCUCGACAUGGCUUGUUGCCGCAUCAGAAAAGAGGUUCCAUGUCCCAUGGUUGAUGCUCGCGGACAAUAGGAGUACCAAGAGCGAGUGGGCUGAGUUCUACAGCCUCUUCAGUUCGCGAAUUCACAAAGUCGUAUUGCCGGAAGUGAAAGGGAAGAGGUGCUUGUCUUCGCGGGGUUGGAUCUUCACCAUUGGCUUGGACUUGCAAAUCCACAUGUUGAAUCCCCUGUCACGUCCUGCCAAUCGCGACAUCAUUAAGCUUCCUAGUGUGAACAAACUCUUCGAUUGGGAUCCCCAAUAUUAUGAACCAGAAACCAGGUACACGAAAUUUGUCUUGUCUGCAAGCCCCGCUUCAUCUCCUAACUAUAUGGUCAUCGUCAUGCUCAUAUACGUGUACUCUAAAAGACUAGGCUUAUGGAAACCCGGCACUGAGGAGUGGAAAGUGUUGACUUGGCCGGCCGAUCAAGUUCAUAAUGUCAUCGUUCUUGAUGCCAUACAUUAUAAGGGCAAGUUCGUUGUGCUUAACGGGGCAGACGAUAUAGUAGUGUGUGAUGCGGGUGGACCAGCUCCAACAGCUCAAGUUAUAAUAAAGAAGCCUCUCGAAUUUCGAGAUCACUUAGAGUUUUGCGUGCAUCAGUAUUUGGUGGAGUCGGCGGGCCGUUUGUUGCUGGUUGCACGAUUGGCACAACUAGACGGUGGAACCAAAGGAUUCCGGGUUUUCUCCAUUGAUUUAGAGGCUAGAAAGUGGACGGAGCUCGAAAGCAUGGGGAACGCGUCCCUCUUCGUGGGUUUUAGCUCUUCCUUUUCAGUACAAGUUGAUGAGAACCAACAGGCUAUCAAGGCGAACUGUAUUUACUUCACCAAAGAUGUCCCUUAUCGGGAUAAUGAAGGCAAGGAGGUGGGAAUAUAUCAUGUGCAAGAUGGAAGAAUUGAGUGGUUUUUCGAUGAAAAAUUCAAUAAUUAUUUUUCUCGGCCUCUAUGGAUUGAACUAGAUGGAGCACUGUAUCGAUCGGACCACAAGUUGAAGAAGGAUUACUAG